AUGCCGAAAUUCAAUGCCGUCCCCAGCCUGUUCGGCGCAUUGAAAGACCAGGUCAUUGUGCUCACAGGUGGCGCCCGUGGAGUUGGCGAAUCCAUUGUCCGGCUUUCCUACUUGGCCGGAGCACAUGUGUUCUUUGGGGACAUCGACCACGCCCUGGCUCAGCAAGUGGUGGGCCGGUUGAAAGCAGAACACCCGUCUUCCAACGAUCUGGUCGCGGUAAGUUUCGACGCGAGAAGCUACGCAGACAACAUCAGAUUGUUCAAGACGGCCUACCAGGCACAUGGCCGGGUGGAUCAUGCCUUCUCCAUUGCCGCCAUCACUGAAAGCCAGAACUGGUAUGACCCUGGCUUGGAUCUGGAGACCAUUGAGAUCCCGCCGCCCACGGCUGUGAUCGACAUCAAUCUCACCGGUGUGCUGUACUUCACUCGCAUCGCUGCUGUCUAUCUGCGACAAGGCAAUCAAGGCAGCAGUCGACGUCGAGACAAAUCAAUCUGCCUCAUGGGCUCGAUUGCAUCCUUCAGAGAGCAGGCCGGGCUCUAUGUCUACCAGCCAACGAAACACGGCGUGCACGGUUUGCUCCGUGCGACUCGCAAAAUCCUGUAUCACAAGUUCAACAUCCGAAUCAACAUGGUCAAUCCUUCGCAUAUUGACACGGUCAUGGGGUCAUCCGUCCACGACUUGUGGGAAAGCCACGGCCUGCCCGUCAAUACUGCAGAGGCGGUCGCCGAGCAUGUCUUGACACUGGCCAGCCUGCCCGAGGAUCCCUAUGUCGGCCCUGUCUCUGGACUGGCCAUCUAUGUCGAGGGAGGCAAAGGAUGGGAGAUUGAAGAGGAUUUGGACAAGACUGAUCAUCUAUGGAUGGGUGAAGAGAUGUCGCGCAAUUUCUCCAAGAUACAAGAGGCGCUUGGGUUAGGCGUCGACUGGGAGCCAACGAAAUGA